AUGUAUUCCCAACUUGGAUCUUCGUUGAGGCGACCAUUGAGACUCAGAGCCUUCUCUACCGCAAAGACUCCGGUGUCUUCCAGCACCAAGAGAGUAGUGCAGGGUGUCAUUGCUACGGUCGGUCUCGCUUCUGGAUAUGUUCUUUACCAGGAUUCCCAAACUGCUCAGGCCAUGACUGCUGCCGAGCACGGUUUGCACGCUCCAGAAUACGGAUGGUCUCACGGCGGUAUGUUCGAUACGUUUGACCAUGCCUCCAUUAGAAGAGGGUUCCAAGUUUACAGAGAGGUUUGUGCAGCAUGCCAUUCCUUGGACAGAGUUGCUUGGAGAACGCUUGUUGGUGUUUCGCACACUCAGAACGAAGUCAGAGCCAUGGCCGAAGAGUUCGAAUACGACGAUGAACCAGAUGACCAAGGUAACCCAAGAAAGAGACCAGGUAAGCUUGCCGACUACAUUCCGGGUCCUUAUGCCAAUGAACAGGCUGCCAGAGCUGCCAACCAGGGUGCCCUGCCUCCUGAUCUCUCGCUGAUUGUCAAGGCCAGACAUGGUGGUUGUGAUUACAUUUUCUCGCUGUUGACUGGUUACCCAGAUGAGCCACCAGCCGGCGUCCAGCUUCCUCCAGGUUCUAACUACAACCCAUACUUCCCAGGUGGUUCUAUUGCCAUGGGUAGAGUUUUAUUCGAUGACCUUGUUGAGUACGAGGACGGCACUCCAGCUACCACUUCGCAGAUGGCCAAGGAUGUUACCACAUUCUUGAACUGGGCCGCUGAGCCUGAACACGAUGAGAGGAAGAGACUUGGUGUCAAGGCACUAAUCAUUGUCACCUCCCUCUACUUCCUGUCCAUCUGGGUGAAGAAGUUCAAGUGGGCUCCAAUCAAGCACAGAAAGAUCACCUUCCAUCCACCAAAGAAAUAA